AUGACUCAGCCACAGCCUCCCCCGUGGGGCCCCCCGGUUGUGGACGGAUUGUGCUUGUUAAUUCCAAAGGCACUUUUUCAGACGAGACUUGCGACCUUCAAGCCAGUGGGGAUCCCUGUCAACGGCCUGAUAUCAAUCCUAAGUCUCCGAAAAAAUCUUAUCGGAAGGCGUCAAUUAAAGAAUAAUUUGGGCAGAAGCACCCUUGCUCGCGGAUUUCACUCAACUCCCAUCACAAUGGCAAACUCCUCCGAACCCAAGCAGACUUUGACACCAGCCCUCCUUGAUGACGUGCACAAGUUGUGGUUCGAUCACCUGAGCUGUGAAGAGGCACUAAUCCUACCCGGAUGGAGCGAGAUGGGGAAGUGGUUUUCUCGCGACGAGGCUUUUGACAAGGCCUGCACCACCCAAUUCCGCUCUGCCCUGGAAAAGAUCGUCGGAUCCGGAGCAUCAGCUUCGGAGAUUCUAUCUGCAUUUAGCCCAUCCUCGCCAAUGGAUUGGCUCAGCAUCAUCAUUCUACUUGACCAGAUUCCCCGUAAUUGCUACCGGGGAGCUGAGUCGAAGAUAGUUUUUGGGUACUUUGACCCAUUAGCUGAAGAAAUCGCCCUUCGAGCAAUCCAAGACGGGAUCCCAACUCAGUCGCCAUAUUUCAAGUAUCGAAUGGCUUAUCGUACUUGGUUCCAUAUGCCCCUUAUGCAUUCGGAAAACUUGGCUGUGCAUGAGCAAGCUGUCAAAGUGCACGAGGAUACAGCUAGGGAUGUGAAUGAGCUUCUGGCUAGAGAAGCAUCAACUCUUACGGAAGAGGAAAGAAAAUGCCAUGAUGUUCUAUCCGAGAAGGCAGAGGCGCUCCAAGCAUUCUUGAGCAAUACAUUUGACUUUGAGAAGAGACACAAAGUGAUCAUUGAGAAAUUCGGACGAUACCCACAUCGAAACCAGGCUCUGGGGAGAGUGCCAACCCCGGAGGAAGUUGAAUAUCUGAACAAUGGCGGGGAGACAUUUGGAUAA